UCCUAAAAAAAAAAAAAAAGAAAAGUUCAGUACUUUUAUAAAUUGGGACUAUGUCUUUCUUUCAGUCGCUGUAUUAACUUCGGGUUGUCGCAUACAGAGCUUUUCAUCAGCUUUCUAACAUCGACAAUCAUGAUUCCUACCACACGAGCUCUGCUUAUUUGCGUGAUUUCCCUCUGCGGGCUGCAGGAAACCGUCCACUCUCAGCGCGGCCACUGCGACGGGGAUCAGUGCGUUGCGCUUUUACAGAAGGUCAGUGACUUCCCAGGUGCGCGUAAACACUGCGAAGAAAUGGGGGGACAGUUGUUCGUGAGCGGUUCGGAACAAGAAGCGAAGAAACUAAGAAGUCUGCUGAGUGGGCUCAGCGCCAGUGCCUGGCUGGAGCGGCACGGCACCGGCAGGACGGAAACUGCGGCAGGUCUCCAGAAAUGCCCCUCCAUCUCCGUGUCGAAGGAAGGGAACCUCGCGGAGCUGUGGAAGCCGUGUCGUGACAAACUGGACGGAAUUGUGUGUCAGUACACGUUCAAGGAAACUUGCAGUCGCUUACAGGCGUCGUCCGGGGGCGCUCAGGUGAGGUAUUUUACGCAUAUGGGUUUCGAGGUCAGCGACCUGGAAGCGUUUCCACAGGGAACCAUCGCUGUCACGGAAAAGGUUGACGGUAAAUAUCCGGACUCGAAACAUCUGUGUUUCGAGAAAAUCUGGCUACCGGCUCCCUGGAUAUGUGAAGUGUUUAACGGCGGCUGUGAGCACGGGUGCAACUCAACCUGCAUCUGCCCUGCAGGACGAACUCUCCAUCCCAACAACAUCACCUGCACCAAAGACCCGUGCGCCGACUGCUCCCACGGCUGCCGGCAGGAGGGCGACUCUCACGUGUGCACGUGCUUCGAAGGCUACAGGCUGGCGCAGGACGGGGUGAGCUGCGAGGACGUGAAUGAGUGCGUGGAGCAGGACGUGUGCACAGGUGAGGGUGAGGAGUGCUUUAACACAGAGAAAGGGUAUGAGUGCAGGUGCAAAUAUGACUACGUCGAGGACGAUGGAGAGUGUAUCAGCACUGAAAUCUGCCAAAGGUGUGAGCACAUGCUGUGUGACAAGGUCAGUGGGGUUUACCAGUGCAUGUGCCGCCCGGGGUUCAAGGUGUCAUCCACAGAUCCGACCAAGUGUGUACAACACUGUGUUGAGAGAGACUGUCCGGCUCGAUGCAUCACAACUGAAGAGGGCAAGGAGGAUUGCUUCUGCCUCGUGGGCUACAUUAAAGACGUGAUUAACGGGACAACCUUGUGCACUGACAUAAAUGAAUGUGAGGACAUGCAGGAGUGUGAUCACAAGUGUGAAAAUGUAUUCGGCAGUUACAGAUGUUUGUGCGACGAGGGGUUCAAGCUGCACGAUGGUCACACCUGUAAACGAAUCAAGGAGGUGGAGGAGGAGGAGGAGGAGGAUGGAUCGGGCUCAUCUCCUUCAUACCCCACAAUGGCCACCAAUUACCUGGACACAGUCCCCUCUUACGUCAAGACCGGCAGCGUCUUGGGCAUCACUGUGUUCAUGCUGCUGUGUGCAGGACUGCUGUUUUUCCUGUUCCACAACAUGGCUAAACGUUGCGGCAGGUUUGAGCUUUCGUCCAUCAGACAUCGAAAUAUAGACAUCUUCUAUCUGCAGCAGGUGACCACCGACACCUAUAAGAGGUUAUCCUGCGACAAACAGUUUAAAAACGACUUGCCAAGACCGUAAUGGUGCCACUGAAGACCUUCAACCAUCUUCUCGUGUCUCAUGCACUCUUUUCUUUCCUCAGAAUCAUCAGAUAUACGGAAUUUUUUCUCAGAGUUAUCCACAGGGAAACAGUUUAUCUCUUAAAGCUGUGACAGAUUAAGACAAAUGAAGAUAUGUGGCAUUAAUGCUUUCUGAAUGUUAUAGAUUUCUAAAUGGAACUGGGGUUUAUUGGCCUGAUAAUUAUCAUUUAUGGGAGCUGGAGGUUCACUUUUUUUAUUGCCAAGAUGGAAAAUUUUGGAUUCCCUUCCUAAUUAGGCAAAUCUUUGGAGAACCUAUGAGAAAAUAAGAGAAAAUGUUUUAAUAGCAAUGGUACUAAAAAGGCAGUAUGGUCAUUUUUACAAAUUUCAGUGCAAAUCCUUCAAUAUAAACCAUAUUUUUUUGUUACUGUCACACAAGUGAUAAGAUGAUCUUAUAAAAGAACCAGACUGAUGCUUCAUUUUAUUUUGCUGCUGUCUGAAUACACUGUAGACACACACUGUACUUUAGUUCUUUAUCCAAAACGGGAAAACAAGAUGUGUCUUGUUACACAAUACUGUUAUAUUCCCCAUAUUGGCUGUAAUACACACUUUUGUGAACUACUGAAGUUAAAGCGUUACAUGUUAAACUCUUAGUAUCAGUAAAAGGAGCUAAAAAAAAAACCCAAAACAUUAUUAGCCAAUGUUUUUGUGGGUGACAUGGGCACAGUGACACAGUGCUCAGCUAAAUGUUGAGGAUUUUAUACCCAAGUAUAAAAAUCCCUGAGUUCUGUUUCAGAUGGGUUUAAGUCGCCAUUUCACUGUUACUCUUUACAGCAUGACCUACAGCCCAAAAACACAUUAUUUAUGAGAAAUGAAGCGUCAGACGUGUGUCAGAGAUGGUAAAUACAACACACAUCAUUUACAUAUUCAUAGAGAUAAAUCGGGAAAAAAAGAAGGAAACAGAUAUUAAAAGUUUCAUGUUAUCCUACGGGACAAUGCUGAGGUGCUACAGUGGCUGUACAGUUUAUUCACUGACAUUAUCGAGGGGUUGAAUGUUAUUCUCUUUACUGUAUAACAGACUGGUCAUGAGAGAUCAGCUAAACAUGAAUGUAAACUUGUGCUGCUCACGUCUCCUUAUAUAACGGGCACUUCCUUCUGAUAUACCCAGCCACUUCAUGUCUGUACAAUGGGUUUAAUGCAAGCUUUUGAUAUUUUGUUGUUGAAUAUGACACUGUUGAAUGAUACUGUAAAUAAAAAGCAUAAACCCUGGA